AACUAAUGGACUGAAGAAAACGAGGAUUUGACAAAACGCCAAAGAGUUCAUUUAGCAACUUUGUUCUAUCUAACUUCGACAAAGAGAGCUUAAAUUACUUAUGAACAGCAAGCAGACAUGGAUAAAGAAAACAUUACCAAUCAAUCAGAGCCGGUGUUUGUGCACUCUACUUAUCAAGCGGCCGAGGAUAUAUUAUGGUAUGUUCAGAUGAUUUUUUACACCUGUAUUGUCGUCGUGGGAGUGACCGGGAAUUUUCUUGUUUGUCGUGCAAUUUUCUCGCAAGCGAGGAGAAAAACCAACGACAUGUUCAUACUGAAUCUCGCCGUGACGGAUCUUGGGACAUGCGCAAUAAGUAUACCAUUUGACAUGGCGGAGCAGAUAUCUAAACAUUUCUUGUUUGGAAAAUUAAUGUGCAGCCUCCUUUAUCCAUUACAGACCAUCCUGAUGGGGACAUCAGUCCUUACUUUACUCGCAGUUAGUAUUGAACGAUACAAAGCUAUUGUAACUCCACUUCAGCCCAAACUUCGCGGUAAAUUAGCGAAGGCAAUGCUGAUUGGUUCCUGGGUGCUGUCAGUCGCGGUUGUCGCUCCUUAUAUGGUAGUUCUAAAAUACGUAAAUAGACAAUGCAUCGAAAGUUGGCCUGUCCCGGCACACGCUAAGACAUUUACUUUUGUGCUGUUCGUGGUCCUAUACGCCGUUCCCAUGGUAAUAAUUACGUAUUGCUACGUGCGCGUGUUGAGGAGGAUACACCGGGAUCGACCAGUUUCAUUACUUGUAGCCAGUUCUCUUAUGAGUAACAUUGCCAUCAAACGCCGAGCUCGUCAAAAUCUACGCAUGAUUAAAAUGUUUGUGACCGCUGUCGUGGCCUUUGCACUUUGCUUGCUUCCCAAUCACGUGGUAUGGCUAUGGAAUGAUUUCGGAGAUGGACACGAGAAGCCGUAUUUCGGCAUAGUCUUGAUUUUCAGUAACACUCUUAUCUAUACCAAUAGCAUUGUCAAUCCUUUUAUCUUUGGGAAAUUACAGUGCGGUUUAUGCGGAGGAAGAGAAAGUCAGUUGUUCUCUUUGAGAUAUCGCUACUCGAGUACGUUUCGGCCCAGGAGCAGGGGACUGUUAUUCAUCGGGAGACAAAACAGAAAAAAGAGCACCGAGUAGGAUGUGACCAAUGGACAUCUGUAAUGGUGUUACGUCAAAGGGACAUGGAAAACCCGCCAUUACUUAAUCCCAGUUAGUAGAUUGCAGGAUACUACUCGCCGAUGAACCAAUUCGUGGUCCAAUAAAAGAAAUAAUAAUA